CAGAGUGCAGCCGCCUCUUUCCAAGAGCGGGGAAUUCCUUUGGAGACAGCCCAACCUUGCUCCAAGAAGUUCCCCAUGCCUCAGAAAGGAGUCGACUGCCACUUCUAUUUCAACUCUGUCUGCUUUAAGGGAGACAGCUGUCCCUUCCGCCACUGCGAAGCGGCUCUGGGGAGUGAAGAGGUCUGCAAGCUGUGGAUGCAGGGUCGCUGUUCCAGCAGCGACUGCAGGCUCAGACACACAAAAAUUGAUAAGAAGCGCAGUGAGAUUCCCUGCUACUGGGAGAAUCAGCCGGGAGGCUGUCAGAAAGCCCACUGCCCUUUCCUUCACUUGAAGGAACGCGGUGGGAAGGCACCGACUGUACCACCAAGUGACGAAGCUGACACGAGCCUUCCUCUGACCAGCGGCCCUGCACAAAGUCUGGAGAGCCAGACAGAGGUUGAGAAGGCAGCAGAGAGAGGUGACAUCCCAUCUUCCUCCCAUGGCCCGGCUGCGCAAAAGCGCAAGCGAUGUCAGGAGAAGGGCAAAGCAAGCGAGUUGCCUCUCAAGAAGAGAGUCAAGGCUGGACGCAAGGUGUACCUCAGGUCUGCUGACUGGAAAUCCACCUUCCCCAGGAAGCAGACACUGAAGCGCAAAGCAGCGGACAUGCAACCGUCUGCUGCUGAGGACACCGAUGAGCCCCCAGCCAGAAAACUGCCUAUGGUAAGAGCAGCAGAACAGCAGCAGUGCAUACGGAAGGUUUACACUGCACUUGAAGUCAAGGUGGACAUUUCACAUGUUCUACAGGUCUGCUGUUUCCUUUGAAGGCAGCAGAUGUCUCACAGGGUACUUGUGGAAGACCUCUAUUUUGGGUAGAUGUAGGGCAAGGAUUAUGUAAGACUCUGUGAUUCUACAAUUCUCAGAU